GGAGCUCAGUUGUUUGUCGCCUUGGCCCCCGGUGACUGUGAGUUGAGAGAGAGAGAGAGACUGAGAGGAGGGCACGUUACAGGACGUCCGAAAUUAAAAUCAGAGUUGCUCAUCGGCGGGAAUUUUUGCAUUCGAUGCAGAUGCAGUUUCUCUUUUCCCUUGAAACGUGGCGCUUCCGAUACUUACGUGUGUCGACCUUUUUCCCUUAAUAAUUUCUCCCACCUCUCCUGUCUUCUUCUUCUUCUCUUAUUGCUCUGGUUCUUUUUCUGUUGAACUGUUUUCUUUCAUUUCUCUCUGUUCUCCUUCUGCUUCUUUAGAGGUAGCGGUCUGAUCCAAUUCAAAUCUGAGAUAUAUGCAUCCUACUGGUCUCUGAGCUUCAUCCAAUUUUGGAUCUCCAUCCUUUUCCAUCCUUUUUUCUUUCGAAGAAACAAAACAAAGUUCGUGAUUUAAAUUCUCCAAGUUUCGUGAUUCUCGAGCUUACCCUUUUCUCGUUUUCAGGCGAGUUCUUGUCUGUUCUCCCAUUUGCCUUUGGGUAAUGCACCGGACUUUUGCUAUGAAAUUCUGAAAUUUUGUUUGGAUUCACUUCACAGACCAUUGGGAAUGUCAUUUUUGGUGAGCUUCUGCCUUCUCGGGUGAAUGCAUCAGUCGAAGAUCUUGUUUUCUAUCGAGAAAUAGAUUUAUACUUUGUGGUAAAUAAGCUCGAAUUAUAUUGAGGUCUAAAGAAAAGAAAGGUUCCUGAGUGGCUUUCAAGCUUUUUCUUUCUCUAGCCGAAUCAAGCAAGAGAGGUUUACGUUAGCAGAUCUCAGGAUAGAUUAGAGAAGAUCGUUUCUUCGCUGAGAUUGCUCUGUUUUCGCUUAGCGUUCGCUGAUUAUACAGUUGAAAGGGGUGCUAUUUUGGUUUUAAGUAAUGGAGGGGUAAUGUAACUUUUGCCCUUUCUAUUUUACCUCUCCAAGGGAGCUGCUCAUUAUACGUAAAGUAGUUGAUCAUUCUGAGGUAAAAGGAGAAGGAGAAGAAGAAAACUCCGGCGUGGCUUUAGACCGUUUCUUCGUUAACAGAAAUAUCUUUUUUUGGGAGGAAGUUCAAUAUUCUGGGAAGAUUUUACGUGUUUUAUUUGACGGAGAAGAUCAUUGUUCAUUUUUUCUGGCGGGAAAUUUGGAAUCUGUGGUCGGAAUUUUUCUGUUUCUAGUCCCGACGAAAUUCAAGCAGGUAGAGGAGCACAGAAUGUAUGAAAUUGAAUAAAAUCUUGGUUGCCUAUGAAGGCAGUAAAAUCAUGGAGAUGGCUGUCAAGAAUCAAAAAUGUUUUUGAUGGGGGAACACAUGGCUUUAAGAUGAAACAGCUGCCUUUUAUGGGAAUGGUCUGCAUGGUUAUGUUGUUCAUUGUGUAUAGGAUGACAAAUUAUCAGUUUCAGCAUACAGAGAUGGAAGAUAGAUUACAUCCCUUUGGCAAUAUAAAGGAACCUCAGGUGGCUUCCAUGAAAAUGAAUUAUCUACCUCGUGGUAUUGUACAGUCAAGCUCUGACAUGGAAAUGAAGCCAUUAUGGUUGACAAGUAGCUCAAGGUUGAAGGUGAAAGUUCCAAAGAACAAGAGCUUACUAGCAAUUCCAGCUGGUAUUAAGCAGAAGCAAAAUGUUGAUGCAAUUGUUCAAAAGUUUAUUUCAGAGAACUUUACUAUUAUCCUUUUCCACUAUGAUGGGAACGUUGAUGGUUGGCGGGAUUUAGAGUGGAGUAACAAGGCCAUACACAUAGUUGCUCAGAACCAAACAAAAUGGUGGUUUGCCAAACGAUUUUUGCAUCCAGAUGUUGUUUCUAUUUAUGAUUAUAUAUUUCUUUGGGAUGAAGAUUUGGGAGUUGAAAAUUUCCACCCAGGAAGAUACUUGAAAAUUAUGAAAUCUGAGAAUCUGGAGAUAUCUCAGCCAGCUUUGGACCCAAAUUCUUCAGAUAUACAUCACAGAAUUACCAUCCGCAAAAGAUCCAAGAUUGUCCACAGAAGAGUAUAUGAUAGUCGAGGAAGUGUCAAAUGUUCAGAUGCCAGUGAGGGACCACCAUGCACUGGAUGGGUUGAGGGGAUGGCUCCGGUAUUUUCAAGAUAUGCUUGGCGUUGUGUUUGGAAUCUUAUCCAGAAUGAUCUUGUUCACGGAUGGGGAAUGGAUAUGAAACUUGGUUAUUGUGCCCAGGGUGAUCGGACAAAGAAGGUGGGAGUCAUUGAUAGUGAAUUCAUUUUCCACAAAGGAAUACAAACUUUGGGAGGAUCUUCAGCAAGAAAGGUAUCAAACAAUAUUCAUCAUGAAGAGUCCAUGCAGAGACGAGGUGCUGCAGCAGUUGAUGUGCGAUCUGAGAUAAGGAGGCAAUCAACCUCGGAGCUUCAAAUCUUCGGGCAGCGGUGGGACCAUGCUAUCAGAGAAGACAAGGACUGGGUUGAUCCCUUUCAAAGAAGCUGAAGAGAUCCGGUUGAGCAGAUAAGGAGGCAAUCAACCUCGGAGCUUCAAAUCUACGGGCAGCGGUGGGACCAAGCUAUCAGAGAAGACAAGGACUGGGUUGAUAUCCCUUUCAAAGAAGCUGAAGAGAUCUUGACCCCCAAGAAUCGCUAACUUGAUAUUUUCAGGAUUCUCUGGGUCCUCCAUAAUUGAUUUCAUUAUUUGACUUGCCCUUGGUUCAUAUCCUUUUCUUCUAGUAAUCAAGGAAGCAUGAUUGAAUUUCCAGUAUAGUCUACGAACUUAAAUCAAGUUCCAUGAGAAGGCUUUAGAAUGGUUUUGGCAUAA